AUGAAACGAGAAGAAUUAUGGGAAGAAGGAGAGAAAACGAGGGGAGAGGUUAUAAAAGAGAGAGGGAGGGUUGGAAAGUCAAACAAGUUUCGUGGAUCCGAGGGCGAACAUUGGUUGCAACAGAGGAAAGUACGCCACGACAAAGCAAGAGGUACUGUGAAGGUCCAAAAGUGGUGUUGCUGGUGGCUCCCACUUUCCUUCCUUCAGUGGGCAACAGAUAAGAGACCAGAACACCCAAAAAAUGGAGGGAGGCAUAAUUUGAGGCUUUUGUCAUGGCAGAGAAUAGGUGAGGCACAAUUGAAUUCAAUUGGACAUAAAGAAGGUAAAGAUGUGUAUGAUGUUGUGGCAGCACUUAUGCCCCUCUAUGUGGCUUUGAUCUUAGCCUAUGGCUCCGUGCGUUGGUGGAAGAUCUUCACCCCCGAACAGUGCUCUGGCAUAAACCGUUAUGUGUCGGUUUUUGCAGUGCCCUUCCUCUCUUUCCAUUUCAUAUCGGCCAAUAACCCUUACACCAUGAACUUCAGAUUCUUAGCCGCGGAUUCUCUUCAAAAGGUUGUGGUUUUGGUUGCACUUGUUUUGUGGAACACUUUCACAAAGUGGGGUAGCAUUGACUGGACCAUCACAGUGUUUUCACUCUCCACUCUCCCCAACACUCUCAUCAUGGGGGUUCCUCUUUUGAAAGCCAUGUAUGGAGACUUCACAGCCACCCUCAUGAUCCAAAUUGUGGUCUUCCAGAGUGUGAUUUGGUACACUCUUUUGCUGUUCAUGUUUGAAUAUAGAGGAGCUAAGCUACUCAUUUCAGAACAAUUCCCUGAUACAGCAGGUGCCAUAUUCUCCGUUAGGGUUGAUUCAAAUGUUGGUUCUCUCAAUGGUAGAGAGCCAUUACAUGCUGAUGCAGAAAUUGGAGAAAAUGGGGAACUCCACGUGGUGGUGAGAAGCAUGUCACGUUCUUUGUCCAUAAACAUGGCUUCUACAUUCCACAAGUCUUAUUCAACACCUAGAGCAUCAAUUCUCACGGGGUUCCCGUCAUAUAGAGAACCAUUUAGUCUUCAAAAGGCAGGUUUUGAGGAGGGGAUGGUGAAUAUGCAUGAGAAAAGGUUCUGCAGGAGCAAGAGUGACAGUAACCGGGUUUUCAAUAGCAGUUUGGUUUAUUCAUACCCCUCUGAGAAACCAGUGUUUGCAGGGUUUAAUAGUGGUUUGAUUUCUUCAUACCCUUCUCCAAAACCAAUGAUUGGAGGGUUUAAUAGUAGGAGUUUGAAUGCAUCGUCAAAUUCUAAUGCUAAUCAGAGACAUGAUUUUCCACAUGGACCUGCUGCUUCAAAAGCAGUCCAUGGACUUGUAAUUGAGGAAGAAACAGAACAUACUGUUAAGGGGACACAAAAAGAGGUGAACAAUGAAGAAGUUCAUGCAAACAAAAAUCAACAAAUUCCACGUGCUAGUGUGAUGAUAAAGCUUAUUCUCACCAUGGUUUGGAGGAAUCUCAUAAGAAACCCUAACACCUAUGCAAGUGUUUUGGGUCUUGUUUGGUCUCUCAUAUUUUUUAGGUGGAACAUCAAAAUGCCUUCUAUUAUCAAAGGUUCCAUUGAAAUAAUUUCUGAUACAGGAUUAGGAAUGGCCAUGUUCAGUCUAGGUUUAUUCACGGCAUUACAACCUAAGAUCAUUACUUGUGGAAAAACCAGGGCAACACUUGCAUUGGCAAUUAAGUUCUUGGUUGGUCCAUUUAUGAUUCUUGCAACCUCCAAAAUCAUUGGUAUCCAUGGAGUUCUUUUACGAGUUGCAAUUGUUCAGGCUGCUCUUCCCCAAGGCAUUGUCCCAUUUGUAUUCGCAAAAGAAUAUAAUCUCCAUGCAGACAUACUCAGCACAGCGGUUAUCUUUGGAAUGGUGGUUGCGUUGCCCGUAACAAUACUUUACUACGUAAUUCUUGGACUUUAA